CAAACUGCGCCAGUCGAAGUAAAGUAAAGGCAUUCAAAAUGGCGGUUGAAACAUUUAGUUUUGCCAGUACUAAAGCAGCAUUCUGCGAAUGUAUUACUCAAAGAGAAAAUGACAUUCAAACCGAUGAAAUUGAGAGAACAUUUUCUAAUAUACCUCAUGGAUCAGAUCUUGACAAAAAGGCCUGUUGUGAUCAGGCAUUCAAGGAAUGUCUUCAACUGGAGGUUUUGAAGUUGUCGGAUGAAAUUGAUUUAGGCCUAGCCAUCUCUAUGGUAAAGUUUGCAAUUUCCUGUGCAAAGAAUAAUAUUUGCACUACCAGUACACCUGUUCUGCUGCUAGCCGAUAUUUUCGAGACACUGACUAUAGACAGGUGCUGCGAGCUGUUCAAUUUCCUAGAGGAAAGUGUUUCAUUCUUGACAUCUGAAUCGUUCUUUGCUUCUUGUAAAAACCAUCUUCUCAGGAUGUGCAACGAUAUAUUGCGCAGAUUAUCUAAAUCACAGAACACUAUUUUCUGUGGAAGGAUUCAGUUGUUUUUGGCAAGAUUUUUUCCAUUAGAAGAAAGAUCUGCCUUAAAUCUGAUGAGUCAUUUUAACACUGAAAAUGUCACUUUGUUUAAGAAGAGCAGAAGUGAUAAUGGUGUAAGUGAUGGAUCUAACACCGUUCAUAUGGACACUGAAGAGGGCGAGCUGCCAUCAUCAAGUCCAAUUGACUUUGAUUUGUAUGCAAAGCUUUGGAGCUUGCAAGAGUAUUUUAGCAACCCAACAAAAUGCUACACACCAAUUGGAUGGAGAAAUCUUAAAGUUAAUACAGUACAGGUACUGAAAACAUUUUCAAGCUACAAAUUGGAAUAUGUGCAAAGAAGAAAGAAGGGCUCAAACAUCAAAGCAAACAUCACAAUCACUGACAUCAUUAAAGAAGGAGAUAAAGCUCACCAAUACUUUCCAAAAUUUUUAACAAAUGAAAACCUUAUGGACUUACAAUUGAGUGACACAAACUUUAGAAGACACCUGCUUGUGCAAUUUCUAAUUUUAUUUCAGUAUUUGGUUGCUAACACAAAACCCAAUCAGGUACUAAAUGAGCAGCAACAGCAGUGGGUAACUGAGACAAGGAGUAAAGUUGUAAGUCUUUUGAGUGAGAUACCACCUGAAGGAGAGAAGUUUGCCAACACAGUGUUGCAUGUACUUAAGCGAGAAGAAAAUUGGAUCAACUGGAAAAAUGAUGGAUGCCCUAGCUUUGCUAAGAAGGACAGUGAAAUUAGUGCCAAACGCUCAAGAAGAAAAAGCAUAGGUGAUGAUUUGGCCAGUAGCAAAAGAUCAAAGAUUGACUUAGGAAGUGAUGAGUUGACAAGAUUGUGGAAUGUCUGUCCUGAUAACCUAGAAGCUUGCAAGGCUGAAAACAGAACAAAGUUUCUGCCAACCCUUCAAGAUUUUUUUGAGGAAGCCAUAGAACAAGCUGAUCCAGAGGCAGGGAUAGAAGAAGAAUAUAAACUUGUUAACAAGAGUGAGUUUGGAUGGAGGGCGCUAAGGCUUCUGUCACGUAGAAGCUUCAACUUCUUCACCCCAAGUAACCAACCAUUUAAGCCUUUGUCUGAUUACUUGUCAAAUGCUGUAGCACAAGUGGCAAAAGAUCUUCCUUCUACUCAAUCCAUAAAAGAAAAUGAAAUAGAGACAGUGACAGUGGAUGAUAAAAACAAUGACAAUACAAAUUAACUUUUGUAACAGUAAGUAAUCAGACAUGUACCAUUAUAGUUUUUUUUAAAAAAGUGAGCCAAAAAAAUGUGUUUCUCAAAAUUUUCUUCCUCAGCUUUUGAUCUUUUUUAUUUCAUUCAAAUUUUGGAAAUUUGAAGAACAAUUACCAACUGUGGAGAAGCAUAGGCAUGUGACCUACACAAAAGAAUCGAUAAGAAUCAGAGAAAUCUUUUUUGAAAAAUUAACUCAAUAUUGCCUGCUAGAAUUUUUAUUAAGUUCCAUAGAUUUGAAUUUUUGAGCAACUUUUUGUACAAUUUCGUUGAAAUUGCCCUUUUAAAAACAUCAUCAAAACUUCAACUACAACAUUUUUCAAUUAUCUGUCCCAGUUGUUCUAAUUUUAUAUCAGGCUUGUUUAGAAAAACAAGAACAAGAGAUGUUUCCAAACUUAAUUCAUUUAUAACUUCGACUUAAUUGGUGAAAGGAAGUCUUAAUGCUAAAAGUAUAUUAAGCACAAUGCAUCCAAACAGAUACUGAUCUAUCUUCCGUUUGAUGCAUCCUGCGAAUCCAAACCCAUUUAAACCUGUUAUCAAUACCCGUUUGUGUCGUUUUGAAAGUGUACCAGUUUGAGCUGGGAUAGAUCCUGUUUACUCGGUAGCGGGUCCUGAUUGAUCUGAUCCUGAUGUUAGCAGGCAAUGACAUCUACCUAUCUUGAAAGUCCUGAUGUUAGCAGGCCACAAUUUUGUCUGUAGCAAGCAAACCCUUGUUGAAACUAAAUUUCGAGCUUUUCUGAAUGUGUGGUAGGGAGUAUCAACUGAUUUACACUCUUUUUAAGAUAUUAUUUAUGAUUUUUAAGAAAAUUCUGACUUGGAAUCAUCCACUUUUUAUGAAUAGCAUUUUUAAGAAUAUUGUUUAAAGAUUAUUGGUGUCAGAAUCUUUCUUUUUUGAAGAAUAUUAAAAUUUUAUUCAAGUUAUUACACAGUUUCAAAUCGAACAUUUCUGUCAUAUUUUUCAAAAGUUGCCUGCUUUGCUAUGUUCAAAACAAGGAGUUUCAGAGCUGACAUAUUUCGUUUUCAAAAAGCAUUGUUUUUAAUCGAGAGUGGGCAAUGCUCCCCUGAAAACAUGUCAGAUUUGAAAAAUGAAAGAUAGCUUUAAGAAUAUAUCAAGGCUCAAAACAAAAGUUUCUUUAGAACAUUAAAGCUGGACAAAAUUUAUAGUACUCUUACAAAAAAAGAGUGUAUCAAAGAAUUGAGAUAACAGUUUGAAUAAAAUCAAAAUUUAUUUGUUGAUGACACCAUCAGUGUUUAUCAACAUGCAGUUAUCAGCUACCAGUUCAAUUGAAGUAGUUAGAAAAAUUUUUCUUACAGCCACGUGUUAUUUGACUUGAUUCGUACCAAAUUCUAAUUUAAUGACCUUUUGGGUGUCUAUUUGAAUUUAAUAACCAAAUUCUAAUUUAAUAACCUUUUGGGCGUAAUUCGAAUAAAACAUAUAGCAUUAUCGUUUUGAUGACCCACCAACGCUAGUAACACUUCUUUAUCGAGUUUUACCUUAGCAUAUUGGCUAUAUUAUCAUCAUGACCAGAUGCGACAAGUUUUGGCCUAUUCAGAAAAUGGCCCUCCAGUAAUUGUUUUUGCACGCUCUCGCUUCCAUAAACAGCAUCGCAAAUUUCAUUUCAUGUGAAAGAAAUCACCCUAAAUUAUCAAAGAUGAUGUCAAUACUUGAUUAUGUCAGAAAGUGUCCUUCCAUUAAUUAAGUGUGCUAAUAUAAUCAAGAAAUUUUCAUACCAAUAAAAACAACACUGCCGGAAAAAUUCGUAAGUGGGCAUGCAAACUUCAAUAGUAGGCUGAGGUAAGUCACUCUCUGUUUACUUUCGAAUAAACAUUUUGAAUUUGAAGAGGUUCGGAUUCCCAUUUUUUAUAAGUGUAUCCAACUGUGUAUCGUUGUUUUAAUACCAAUUGUAGAGGCUUGUCUAAAAGUACCCCAGUCUAAAAACAGCAUUAAGGGGCAUGAACAGUUAAAAUUAAUUUAUGCUUCUAAACAGUCUUACAUAUUUAUCAUAUUUUUCUUUGAUUGUAACAUUUAAUUGUAGUAUAUAGCAGUUAUAACAGCUAUCUUCUGUCAUAAGUUUCGUGGAACCUCACAGUAGACGAUCUAUCAAAAGCCUGGAUCGUCGAAAAUCUUGAUGAUCCAGUUUCUGCUUUUAUCCGCCGUU